GUGUAUCAGGGUACGUGGCCAGUUCUCUGUAUAAGAAGAUUGGAGGAGAAAAUUGGGUGUGGAACGUUGUCUUGACUUCUACUUUAUUUUCAGGUACUGUACUGUUGCAACACACACUUAUUAUCAGUUUAGUAUGAAACCAUUAUUGCAGGGUGUUAGCUAGCCCAUAUACUGUCCGUUUGACGGACUCUUCCCAAUUGAAGUAACUAAGGGGCUUUCCCAACUGGGUCUACUGGAAGAUUUUCAUUUUUUCUGAUGAGAAAGUACAAUGCGUUUGAUUAUAUUAUAUUAUAUUAUUAUAUCAAAGAACGUUUUACUUACUUUUUCCCAUUAACUAUUUUCUCAAAAUGUAUCUCGUUUCACUCAUAUUGGGUGUGUAUUCACUGAAAUGAAAUGUACAAAACAAAGUGUAAUCGGUGUGCAUCCGUGUUCAUUCACCGGAAAUGAAAUACACAAAACGAAGUGCCGUCGGGUGUAUUUCUCAGUGUUCAUUCACUGGAAAUGAAAUGUACAAAAACAAGCUACCGUUGUUUGCAUCUAAGGAGAAACACGUUGGAAAAAAAACACUAGUUAUUCCUACACAAGGACUUUGAUCAGUCAAAAAAACUUUCCCAAUUUACGUUUAACGGACAAAACUUUUUUUCUGGCUAAAACCCUGUAUUGACUGACAUAACGAGAUCUGUAUCAUAUCAGAAAUUUGACAGUGAAAAAGUUGAUCAAGAUGAGGUUUUUUACUAUAAUAUAUAUCUACAUUACAUUUCUUCUCAAAAUGACCCAAAUAUUAAUACACAUACCGAAAAUUAUAUUUGGGAUUAGUCGCACUUUAAAGCCAAAUUGAUUAUAUUUUAGUUCCAUUUUUCUUCAUCUGGAGUGUAAUGAAUUCAGUGGCAUGGUACAAUCAAUCAACUCAAGCCUUACCUUUCACAACUAUAGUUCUUCUCUCGCUUAUCUGGUUAAUUGGUACGUUAUUUAAUUAUUCCAUUCAAAACUACACACGUAAAAACGCACAAGUUGUAACAAACUUGCAGCAGACUUGUAUCAAUGCUGUUCCAACAACUUGUCAACAGGAUGUGUUCGCACUGCUUGUUCGCGUCUUGUUGACAAGUUGUCAACGGCUUGUUCAUUAAUGGUAUUUUAAAGUGAAUAUAAUUAUUUUCUCUCAAUUAUAGUCGGGUUUCCUCUUACUGUCAUUGGUGGAAUUUUUGGAAGAAAUUGGUCGUCGCCAUUCAGUGCUCCAUGUCGUACCAAAAAUAUUCCCAGAGAAAUACCACAACCUAUUUGGUAAGUCACGUUAUUUAUUAAAGUCGUGUUAUUUAUUUUUACUACGAAUUAGAACUAGCAGACUAUACAUCGAAAAUAGAACCCUUUGGCUGUACCUGCUGCUACCGACCUUACCUAUUAACUGAGUCAUUCUUCUUUGGAACAACCUGCCUCACUAUAAUCAAACCUACAACGACAUUAUAUGGACAAACUUAAAACUAUUUUGGAUGUUUGAUAGGCAAAGAACUUACAAAACUAAUAGACAACUUGCAUGUCACACUAAUUUUUGAUCUAGGCAAAAAAAGUAAAUUCCCAUAAAGAACAUGCAAAAUAGAGCCUUGCGAAGUUUGCAUAUUUUGUAUAUGUUUGUGUAUUACGUGCGGAAAUUGUUACCAUUUUUGAGCCGAAAAUUCGCGCACGUAAUAAAAACAUGUACAAAAUUUGCAAUCUUUGCAAGGCUACACUUUCCAAGCUUUAUAUCAUUUCGCAACCAAAUGUUGCAGUUUUACUAAUUUCAUUACGUUCUUUUUAGCUGUGGUGUUUCAUUCCCUUCUCUUUACUUAUAGAUUAAAAUUUAGUCUAAUAUGCAAGUUGUCCAUUAGUACUCUUUAUAUAAAGAAUACUAAUGACACGGCAUCUAUUGCAGUCGUGUUUGAAGCUAUUCGAAACACUUGUAGUCAGGGCUGCAAAUAAAUAUUUGACUUGACAGGACAUUUGUCCGAUCACUUUUAAUUUUGGUCGGUACUAUUUAAAGCACGCGCGUAGGAGUGUCCAUAAAAUGCGAGUGCGCAGCACGAACAUUUUAGACAUGAUAAAACACGACUACACAGGGCUACAAAUUACUGUUGGACAUCGGACAAUGUCCGACUAAAUUUGGCAAAUGUCCGAGCAAAAGUAAUUUUGAUCGGACAUUGGUCCGAUAAAAAAAAAUACUGUCACAUUAUAUAUUUUUUUGCGGUGACAAAAUCCGAUUACAAAUUCACUCAAUUUGCAUUUUGCAAUAAAAUUUACGAGGCAUUCUAGCAUUUUACUUAACGUUGCGCCGGAAUGGCUAUAUACUUGUCUCGUGACUUAUAUAUAUAUCUUGUGACUUAUAUAUGUCCGACCAAAUUCAAGUUAUGACAUAAAUUAAAAAGUACUGGAAAAUUGUAGGGCUUUAUGAUAUUUCCCUUGUACGUAAUUGUACUUAUUGCAUGCACUAUACAGUAAGUGAUGUUAAUUUUUACAUGUUUGAUCUUAGGUAUCGGUCAGCUUUUGUGCAUAUGAUAGUUGGCGGUUUUCUACCUUUCAGGUAUUGCAAAUAGUUUUUUUUUGUUUAUCUACAUAAUAAUAUCAGUUCGGUCUGAACUGUUCUCCCUAUAGUGGUCCAGUAAGUUCCACCCCUUAUUGGUUCGAUAUAGGUUUCAGACUUCCACUGUCUUAGUACGCAUCUGAUUGGUUAAUCGAAUAUAUCAAACGCAUCUGAUUGGUUCAUGGUCCCUUAAUGGUAUAGCGGUAGUGGAAGUCAAAUCUGAACCUCUGAAUUGUUACUACACGAGGAAACCUACUGGCUAUGCCUUAUUGGGGAUUUAUCCACGCGUUUUAGUCUACCAGGCCUUAAAAUAUCGUUCACAGGGCCGUCUAACAAAAUGUCCAAUAACUGUGAGUUUGGGUCGGACAUGUGUAUGAUGAUGUCCGAUGACCUUCAAUUCAGUUUGGAUCCGAAAUAAGUCUGAAUGACACGAAUUAAUAUCAGCACAAUGUAUUAAUUCUGAACGGUAAAUGUUGUGAAAAUAUUAAACAAUUUGCGUCAUUCAUACUUAUUUCCAAGCCAAAUUAACUUGCUUGCCAAAACCAGCAGUAAGACUUUGUAAACUUAAGCAAUAAGCCCGUUUCCCACUUCACCAUGUCGCUCGCCGCCCCGCCCUCGAUUGCAUUAAAACAACAUUUCCAGUUCACUCUUUAUACAUCACUCUAAUUUUCCAUUUAACAUAGUCGAGCCUCUAGUCCUGGACUAGGGUACACUUUGAUUUACGUCGGACAAACUACAGUUCGGUCGGACACCAAUACACUCGAGUCGGACAAACAAUAAACCUCAGUUUCACUUAGGUCGGACAGAAUGUCCGGUGGUUUCCUCUCUACGUCGGACAAUUUCACAAAUGGGUCGGACAAUGUCCGUGACCGACCGAUAUUUUAAGGCCUGGUCUAUACCAAUUUUUCGGAAGAUAGUGUUUUAGUAGGAGAACACUUCCCCACUUCCACGAAAACCCCCCACCCUGGUAAAAAAUGGUCUUUUAAAACAGGAUGUAGACCUGCUUCUUACAAUAUUCUCAUUUUGUAAUGUAAUACAGUAUAUUUAUUGUCUAGUGCGAUAUCAGUAGAACUGUACUACAUAUUUUCAACCAUCUGGGGACAUGAUCACUACACAUUAUAUGGCAUAUUGUUGAUAGUAUUCCUGAUCUUACUCAGUGUCACUGCCUGUAUAUCUAUUGCAUUGACGUACUUUCAACUGUCCAGUGAAGACUAUAGAUGGUGGUGGAGAUCUGUUUUUAGUUCUGGGUAAGUGGUCUACUCGGAGGCGACCUAUGGAAAUUUGUGGAAGCAUCUGAAAAUCUUCAUGCUCAUUUAAAUGUUUUCCUGGUUCGUUUAACCUCGAAAACAUUGUUGCAGAUACCAAAUUUGUUUCCUAAAAAUGUUUUCCAUCGAAUUUUCCAUCUAGUUUUCCCACAUUUGGGAAAUAUGCAUGGCUUGGAAACAAUGGGCGCUUUCCAUUUAAUGGCCUGACCGGUCAGACCCGAAUUCUUUUCUCUGUAUCAAUGGAAAGAUCUGGUGUAUGUUUCUCAAAUAUCUAGUGAAAAUGAACCUCAUUCUAAUGCUAUCUAAAUUUUCCGGUCAGAUAUGUCCAAAGCCCAAAGGUUUUUUGUUUCAUUCAACAAAUUGACCGUUCUGACCAGUCUGGCCGUGUUAAUGGAAAGCGCCCAAUGUUUCCUGGUUUGUCCACUGUCGGGAAACACGAUUUACCCAUCUUCUGCGAACAUGGCUAGGAAACAGACUACGAAACAUAGAUAUCUCAGCCAGGAAACAAUGUUUCCUGGUUUGUCCAUCUUCUGGAAACAUGGCUAGGAAACAAUGUUUGCUGGUUUGCUCACCUUCGGGAAACAUGGCUAGGAAACAAUGUUUCCUGGUUUGUCCACCUUCAGGAAACAUGGCUAGGAAACAAUGUUUUCUGGUUUGCCCACCUUCGGGAAACAUGGUUAGGAAACAAUGUUUCCUGGUUUGUCCACCUUCGGGAAACACGGCUAGGAAACAAUGUUUGCUGGUUUGCUCACCUUCGGGAAACACGGCUAGGAAACAAUGUUUCUUGGUUUGCCCACCUUUGAGAAACAUGCAUGACUAGAAAACAAUGCUCAAAUUUUCCUAACACUGAAAAACAUUCAAUGUUAAACCAAGAGGCCUUGCCCUUUAUUUCCCCAAAUUUGAAUCCUUAUUUACAACAUUUUUUUGUAUUUCUAGGUCAACGGGUAUAUUCGUGUUUUUUUAUUCAAUGUUUUACUUCGUGAAACGUUCCAGUAUGUCGGGUGCCGUUCAGACAACGCAAUUUAUUGGUUGGACAAUCUUGAUCUGUUAUAUAUUCUUCCUAAUGUUGGGUACUGUCGCUUUCUUCGUCUCGCUCCGUUUCAUAAAGUACAUCUAUGUCAAUCUAAAGAAUGACUAAAAUUAGUACCGUAGAAUUCUGGAAUUAAUGGCCAGUGAAUUUUCAAACUUAGCAGCCCUUGGUCGCGAUUAUGUUUGCCAGUUGGUCGUUAGUUUCUAGUAAAUUAGUUUUUCACAAAACCUUUUCUGAAGAUGCAUGCUUCUGUAAUACUGUCUUUGGGGGGAGGGGGCGCUAAAUGUUUUGGGGGAGGGGUUACUUUCAAUCGGCCGUUACUUUCGGGAUUCUUCGGUCCUUAAUAGUUAACCUAAGUACAGGGAUGCCGGAACGAUAAAAAGGCAAGGAGGGCAAACGUACACCAAAGGGCACCUAUAGACCCCGGUGAAGAUAUAAACCUACAAUUAUUUGUUGACUUGCCAAUGAAAGCAAACGCACUUAAUCAGGUCACAUUCAAGAUCACAGCUCAUGAUUUUGCCCCAAAAGCAUCACUGGAAAUGUGUUUUAUCAG